GCUCACCGCCCGCAGCUCCUCCUCACUCGCCCGUCGCCCGCGCCCGGUGCAGCUCGGCCAGAACCACCGCGGGCUGCGCGUCCGCCAGGAGCCGCUGCCCCGACCCUACUGCCCGGAUCCUUCUACCAAGAUCCCUCUGCCCGGAUCCUUCUGUCUGGAUCUCGCUCCAGGAACCGGCUGCUCGAAACCUUCUGCCCAGAUCCUUUCCUCUCCCUGGACCGCACUGCCUGAACCCGGCUGCCCGGAUCUUUCUGCUUGGACCCCGCCGCACCGAUCCCUCUGCCUGGACCCCGCCACACGGGUCCCUCUGCGCCCAUUCCAGCUCCGCAGCCACGAUGCCCGUGGCACGGCCGCACACCGUUGGACCCAACCGGAUCUCUUUGCUCCUGGUCGUCUUGCUCAUGGGGAGCCCCGUGGCAGCUCAAGCGGAAGACGGUGGUCCAGAAGGAGACAUGCACCCUUCCACAGCCUACCUCCUGCCGGCUGCCUUGCCUGAGAGCAGCCUGGAAGAGGGUGUGACGUCAGCAGCCCCAGGCCCCCGGCCUUCCCGGGAGGCGCUGGAAGAGUCACUGCCUCCAGUCCUCCCUGACCAGGGCAGCAUCCAGCACACCCCGGCCCUCAGGAAGGGCCUGCCGUCCCUGAAGCAACUCAAUUCAGCCCGGAGGCAGCUGAGGCCCCAGGCUACCCCGACAACUCUGCAGAGACUGGGGUCCCCGGCCUCAGCCACCACAAAGCCACACGUGCCCGGGGACCCCGAGCAGCCCACGGCGCCUGCGCCGCUGCAGAUCGCGCCCUUCACCGCACUGGCAACCACGCUGCCUCUCAGUUCGCAGCCCGCACAGGCCCCUAAUGACGACACCAGCCCGGGUAGCCCGCUGGACAAGGGUGACAAUGAGCUGACCGGGUCUGCCUCCGAGGAGAGCCAGGAGACCACCACAUCCACCAUCAUCACAACCACCAUCAUCACCACGGAGCAGGCCCCAGCUCUCUGCAGUGUGAGCUUCUCUGACCCCGAGGGAUAUAUCGACUCCAGUGAUUUCCCGCCGCAGCCCGUCAGCAGCUUCCUGGAGUGCACGUACAAUGUGACGGUCUACACUGGCUACGGGGUGGAACUGCAGGUGAAGAGUGUAAACCUAUCCGAGGGGGAGCUGCUCUCCAUCCGAGGGGUGGACGGUCCCACCUUGACAGUCCUCGCCAACCAGACCCUGCUGGUGGAGGGCCAGGUGAUCCGUAGCCCCACCAACACCAUCUCUGUCUACUUCCGGACCUUCCAGGAUGAUGGGCUCGGGACUUUCCAGCUGCACUACCAGGCCUUCAUGCUGAGCUGCAGCUUUCCCCGCAGGCCUGACGCUGGAGACGUCACCGUGAUGGAUCUGCACUCGGGUGGGGUGGCCCACUUCUACUGCCACAUGGGCUAUGAGCUGCAGGGAGCCAAGACGCUGACCUGCGUCAAUGCCUCCAAACCCCACUGGAGCAGCCAGGAGCCUGUCUGCUCAGCCCCGUGUGGAGGAUCAGUGCACAACGCCACCAUUGGCCGAGUCCUCUCCCCCAGUUACCCUGGAAACGCCAACGGCAGCCAGCUCUGCGUGUGGACCAUCGAGGCUCCGGAGGGUCAGAAACUUCACCUGCAUCUUGAAAGACUGCUGCUUCACGAGAAGGACAGGAUGACUGUCUACAGUGGACGGACAAACACGUCGGCCCUCCUGUAUGACUCGCUCAGAACGGAGAGCGUACCUUUCGAAGGCUUGCUGAGCGAGGGCAGCAGCAUCCGCAUUGAGUUCACGUCUGACCAGGGCCAGGCAGCAUCCGCCUUCAACAUCCGCUUUGAGGCCUUUGAAAAAGGUCACUGCUAUGAACCCUACAUCCAAAACGGGAACUUCACCACGUCCGACCUCACCUAUAACAUCGGCACCAUUGUGGAGUUCACCUGCGACCCUGGCCACUCUCUGGAGCAGGGCCCAGCCGUCAUCGAGUGUGUCAACGUUCGAGACCCAUACUGGAAUGACACGGAACCGCUAUGCAGAGCCAUGUGCGGUGGGGAGCUCUCUGCCGUGGCUGGCGUGGUGCUGUCUCCGAACUGGCCAGAGCCCUACGCAGAAGGCGAGGACUGCGUGUGGAAAAUCCAUGUCGGCGAGGAGAAGCGGAUCUUCUUGGACAUUCAGUUCCUAAACCUGAGCAACAGUGACAUCCUGACCAUCUAUGAUGGUGACGAGGUGGUGCCCCAUGUCCUGGGUCAGUACUUCGGCAACAGCAGCCCUCAGAAGCUGUACUCCUCCACACCAGACCUCACCAUCCAGUUCCACUCGGACCCUGCUGGCCUCAUCUUUGGCAAGGGUCAGGGAUUUAUCAUGAACUACAUAGAGGUGUCACGGAACGACUCCUGCUCAGACUUGCCUGAAAUCCAGAAUGGCUGGAAAACCACUUCCCACACGGAACUUGUCAGGGGAGCCCGGAUCACGUACCAGUGCGACCCUGGCUACGACAUCGUGGGGAGUGACACUCUCACCUGCCAAUGGGACCUGAGUUGGAGCAGUGACCCCCCAUUUUGUGAAAAAAUCAUGUACUGCACUGACCCCGGGGAGGUGGAGCACUCCACCCGCCUCAUCUCAGACCCCGUGCUGCUGGUGGGCACCACCAUCCAGUACACGUGCAGCCCUGGGUUUGUGCUGGAAGGAAGCUCACUUCUCACCUGCUACAGCCGAGAGACGGGGACCCCGAUCUGGACAUCUCGCCUGCCCCACUGUGUCUCUGAGGAGUCCCUGGCGUGUGACAACCCAGGCCUGCCUGAGAACGGCUACCAGAUUCUGUACAAGCGGCUGUACCUUCCCGGGGAGUCGCUCACCUUUAUGUGCUACGAGGGCUUCGAGCUCAUGGGCGAAGUGACCAUCCGCUGCAUUCUGGGACAGCCCUCCCAUUGGAGCGGGCCCCUGCCCGUCUGUAAAGUUAAUCAGGACAGUUUCGAACACGCGUUAGAAGUAGCAGAAGCGGCAGCAGAGUCCUCCCUGGAAGGUGGGAGCAUGGCGCUGGCCAUCUUCAUGCCGGUCCUCCUCAUCUCCUUGCUGCUGGGAGGAGCCUACAUCUAUGUCACGAGGUGCCGGCAGUAUUCCAGCCUCCGCCUGCCCCUCAUGUACUCCCACCCGUACAGUCAGAUCACCGUGGAAACUGAGUUUGACAACCCCAUCUAUGAGACUGGGGAAACGAGGGAGUACGAAGUUUCUAUCUAACGGGGUCUGCCCUGGAAGAGGGGACCUUAGAGAUGGACAUGCAGACACGAACCGCCAGGACCUCCGUGGACAUCCAUCAGAGACCCCGUGGCACUGGGCUGCAGACGGCGUGGCUGCCAUCUCUCCUCUACACUUUUGAUUCAAAGAUUCAUUGUUUCUUCGCUGUACUUUUACUUACGUUUAAAAUCGAGGGCAUUGGAAUCGGUGAGUUUGGUACAUAGCGGCUGCAGCCAGGGUCACACGACAGCCUUCAUUCCCAAGGCAAGCCAAGAGGCAAAGAGCAGCAGGUCACGUCACCCCACCGGGCGAGCAGGUCAAGUUGGAUUAACGGUAGCUCGCUUGGGCUGCAGCACCCUGCAUGGUCUUCAGCGACACGCCACAGC